GUCGAAUCAGGGUUUUGGGUCCACAAUUCCGCAUUGCCAUCUAGUCCAGUUCCAGUCCGAGCAGCAGCAAGCGGCGGCGGCGAUGGGCUCUGGAUCCAACUCCAAGGAGGGAGAGGAGCGGGUGCUGAGCCACGGUGACGUGGUGCUCAUCCGCUCCGACCUCGCAAUCCUUCGCGGUCCCUGCUUCAUCAACGACCGCAUCAUUGCCUUCUACUUCGCACACCUCUCCGCCAGCCUCCAGGACGACGACCUCCUCCUGCUUCCGCCCUCCAUCCCCUACCUCCUCUCCAACCUCCCUGACUCGGCCGCCGUCGCCGCCGUCGCCGAGCCGCUCCGCCUCGCCUCCCGCCGCCUCGUGCUGCUUCCUGUCAACGACAAUCCCGAUGCCUCCAUCGCCGAGGGCGGUUCCCACUGGACCCUCCUCAUCCUUGAUAACAUCACUAGCCCCUCCGUGCCCCGCUUUGUCCACCACGACAGCAUCGCUGGAGCGCCCAACCUCCCAAUCGCUGCCCGCCUCGCCGACGCACUCCGCCCCCUGCUGUCAGGCAGCAAUUCCAAGAGGGAUACUGUUCCGCUUAUCGAGGGGCCCACCCCAAGGCAGACCAACGGCUAUGACUGUGGUGUCUAUGUCAUGGCCAUCGCCAGGGCUCUGUGCGCCUGGUGGAAGAGUGGCCAGGACCAACGAGGAGGCGAUUGGUUCCAGGCGGUGAGGAGCGGGGUGGACGCCCACAGCGUCGAGGCCAUGAGGACCGACUUGCUGCAGCUAAUCAGCACUCUCAUCCAAGAGAAGGCCAAUGCCAAUUCCACACCCAUGGGCGACACUGACCCAGGGUCAUUAGAAUGAUAGGCAGUAGAUUAGUUGCUGGUGGUGAUUUCUCAAAUCUGGUACCUCUUCUUGAUCUUAAUAAGUUAUUUCUUGCUGUUUCUGCUUGUUUGGGAAGAGGAGGAACAGAUGGAGCAUACACACUUCGUGUAAGUACCAAACUUUUAAGGAAAACACGUCUCUUGUGUGAGUCAAGUCUUGGCAAAAUCCAGUUGCAACUCUACUAUUAUUAUUGUCUAUGAUCAAAAUGCUGCAAUCAAUACUGUGCUUCCGUUUGCAAGUUUGUUGAGUAUGGAUGGAUUGGUGCGAGUUGUAAGCCUUUGGAGUUUGAAUGCUAGCGCAGUGCAGGUACUUGUUUUC